GAAGCUUCUGCUGCUUCGGGAGCCCACGCGUUGUGCUCAACCGGACUGCUCCUUCGCGUCGUCCAUCGGUGUACUCUGUAGCUAUGGCCAGCGCCGCCGGCGAGUCGGGAGCCAACCCUGCCGUGGCAUCGGAGGAAGGCGAGGUCCUGCCCUCACCUCUCUUGUCCGGGUACUACGCAUCCUCGGAGGGGUCUGAGGGCUACAUCUCGGGCCCAGAGGAAGGGGAGAGCUCCCGUGUGGUGGCGGCGCCGGCGCCUCUACUGCCAGCUGAAGCGGCAGCGGCGGCAGUGUGGUCCCUCGCGUUCGGGUCCGUGUCGCAGCGGGGACUGGAUCAGCGGAAGGGCAUGCAGGACACCGUGUCGCUGCGCCCGUCCUUCUGCGCCUGGGCCGACGGCUCCCCCAUGCACUUCUUCGCCGUCUUCGACGGCCAUGGCGGCCCACAGGUGUCGGCCCUGUGCAGGGACCAGAUGCACGUCGUACUGGCGGAGGAGCUGGCCGGCGCGGCAGCGGCCUACCAGAAGGAUCACCCGGAGAAGGACGAAGAGGCGGAGCAUCGCGCGUGGGAGGUGGCGCUGAAGCGGAGCUUCGAGCAGGCGGACGCACUGGGGAUGGGGCUGUCCGAAUCGGGAUGGCCCAUCAUGGGGUCAACUGCCGUGGUGGCGCUCCUGGUCCGCGGCAGCAUCCUCGUCGCCAACUGCGGCGACUGCCGCGCCGUGCUCUGCCGCGCCGGCAACGCCUUACCACUCUCCCAGGACCACAAGCUGGAGCGGCCGGACGAGAGGGUGCGGGUGGACGCGGCGGGCGGCAAAGUGCGGCCCUCCGACGACGGGCAGCUGCGCGUACGGGGGGUGCUUGCCAUGUCUCGCGCAUUAGGGCAGAAGCUCCUUAAGUCUGCAGUGAUAUGUGAGCCAGAUAUAACCAUGACGACUAGAUCGGAGGAUGACGACUGCCUGAUCCUCGCGAGCGAUGGCUUGUGGGAUGUCAUCAAGAACCAGAUUGCCUGCAAUGCCGUGAGGAACUGCCUAGAAUUUGAAAACAAGAAUAACCAAGGUGCUCCUAGAGAGGGUGCACUGAUAGGACAAGAGGAAGAGGUUGGCUGCAACAAUGUUGCAACCCUCCUAAAGAACAUGGCAAUCUGCAAGCAUAGCCAGGAUGACAUUAGUGUUGCCGUACUUGAUCUGAAAGCGAGAGGUUUGGUGUUUGUAGUUAGCACUCAAGCGAACAAAUUUGCUUGUGUGUUACACCCACCAGUGCUCUGGUAUUACCUGGCUUAG